AUGUACCCGCCACGUUCUGCCCAGGUGAUGACGUCCGAACCCACCCGUUCUACCGGGUCUUGUGCGCCACCCUCCACCCGUGGGUCCGCGCUACCGAAUGAAGAUACCGAGAGCGCCUUCAUAAAUCGUCAUAGGACUGAAACUGGUGGUGCAAGCAGCCUUCGUAAGUCGAGCCUGGCUGAGAUGAAGGUUGCGAGGUGGCAGGGUCUCGGGCUAGCUGGCAUCGUUCAGAUCAUUUUGGAGGACAUGCUGUUGGAUGAAAAUCAUUCACGGGUGUCUGGAUCGGUCUGA